CGGACUCGCUUUCCAGUUGGGCAGGCUUGAUGAUUCGCUAGAUUGGCGGAGUGAGCCCAUAAUCUAGGAAUUCACUCUGAAAGCAGGCUAGGCGUGGCAUGUGUGGCCCGGAUCGAUCCUCCAUCUUUCUCCCUUCAGCCAGUCCAGCCAGCACCAGUGCUCGCAUGCAGACAUGGACAAAUCACCAAGCAUAUCGACCGGGCCGUCGGAAGCCGUUAAGCCCAACCAAAGUGCGCAUCCCACGUUCUCCCGCCAGUCUUCCGCAAGCACGGCAACAAUAACACCAAUGACCGAGUCGGGACCGUCCAAGUUCUCUUCGCAGACUGCCGCUACGUCCAGCUCAUCAUCAGCCGCGCCGUCGCCCCUCCCCUCACGCGAGCCCUCUCCAACCAGGCCGUUAUCCCGGACGGCUACUUCGCGCACCUCGUCUGUCAAUUCGGGAAUUCGCUCUCGGAAGAAUAGUCAGCAGGAUCUCAGUCCCUCGAGGUUGUCAAAGCCUACCAAUUCAGCGCCAGCCCCCUCGUCCAAGACAUUGUCCUCCACCAACACUCCCACGCUACUGCCGUCCGUUUCCGAUCCGAGUGCCAAUGUAGGCGCGCCAGUCAAGUCGCCCACCACAAUGGAACAUCUACGAGAGUCUCCCAGAUGGCCCGUCUCGCCGAGGUUACGCUCUCCACCGCCAAUGCUGCACAAGCCGAAUCUCGGGCCGCCCCGAAAGACAGAACAAGAGGCGCCCCUGGUUAAUGUCCAGCGCCCAACUCCACCGGCACCAGCACCUAUAGAUUUGCCAUCGGACACGGAUCAGGAAGAUCUCCACAUGCCGACGGGGUUGAGGACGCCGGCGCGAGGGGGAGGCGGGAGCUCGUCAACCCUCGAAACUGUGCAGGAGGCCAGCCCGAUAGGUUCGCCGCGCGGCCCGCAGGACUCAGCCGAGGAGAAGCUCGAUGACAGCAUGGUGUCGGAAGCGUCACAAGCAGAGUCUCUGGAUCUUAUGCUGUCGAAGAAUGUAGGGAUCAGGAGGUCAAGUGCCAACGACAGCGGCAGCGAGACGGACAACGUCAAAACUGGGCAACGUGGCGGAGCGGGAAGUGUGCCGCCUCUGACCAAGAGACAAUCUAGCACCGCUAUCAGGCAGGGCAUAACCAAAACCAAAACGGGCGAGCCAUCGAUACAGAGCAUGACCGUGGAGACGGAAACGGUGACGUCGAUUCCACAAGCCCCGCUUGUCUCGGGAACAGGAGUUCAAGGAUCGAGUGUCAGCUUGCGCACAAAGCCGAGCACAGAAACGAUCCGGCCCAAGAAGGAGAAGAAGAAGCCGACACGGAAGCAGACCACCGUGACGGCCACCAACGGUGAGCCACCAAGUUCAGCUGUUUUCUUCCCCCGGUUGCGCCAUUAUCAGUCCAUGGGAUCAGUCAUUCCAUCGGCUGAAAGGUCUGUUUCGCCGACGAAAUCCCACUUCGACGAAGCAGCAGAGAGUCGUUCUCAUCGGCCCAGCAUGCGAAGACAAAGUAUGGUCAUUUACCAAAUGAGCAGCCUGCUAACAAGACAUCGCUUAGCGUCGUCCAAGGCCGACAUCUUCGAGGCGAAGGUGGCAAGUGCCGUGGAAGAAGCGAAUUCGUCCGACUCCGAGGAGACCUUCGUGUACGAUUCUAACCCUCCAGAUGCCCGCGACCGACCUUUGAGGUUCCAUUCGCGGACACCGAGUGCCACUUCGAUGGUUAGUCAAAUCGACCGCAGCGGCAUGCGGUCAAUCCACGCCGUCAUGGAUAGCGGAGGCCCGCCGCCGCCGAUGGUCAAGAAGAGCAUGAAGUUUGUGAACUCAUCCAACGCAAACGGUAACAGCGAUAGCGCGUUUGUCGAUGACGACGGCAGAGGUACCGGGAGGGGCAAUGCCGGAUCUACUCGGGGUACGGCCCGUCACCAUCAUCAUUUCGGGCGGUGGGGCCGCAACGGCGGCGGUAACGGCCACCCAUCUCUGUUUGCCGAGCACUCUCCAUUCAGCCCAUCACUAGCCACGGGGAAUCUAGGCUCCCGACAAUCUUCUCAGCCCCCCAGUCCUCGGUUCGCCAACCGUAGCGGUGCUGGGAUGAACGGCAAGCGGGGUUCGCACUUGUCCGCAGGCUACGAUCUCGACGAUACGACGACCGGCGCCGACGAUGAGAGAACACCGCUGAUCCCGUCCGGGACCGUAAGAUCGUCUCGAUCAGGCAGAGGACGGAGGGGCAUACAUUCAUUGCGGUCCAUGGAGGCGCAGACAUAUCAUCGCGCACCACCUUCGGUCCUCAAUCGGUUUGCCAGCUGUCUCGUCCUGACGGUGAUGCUGUUGCUCGUUGUAUCCGGCGCCAUUGGAUUCAUGUUUGCGACGUCGCAGCCACUCACAGACAUUCAACUAGUAUCCAUGGAUCAUGUCGUCGCGAGCCAACAGGAACUGAUGCUCGACCUCACAAUCCGAGCACACAAUCCCAACGUCGUUGUUGUUGUGGUCGAUUCAGCCGACAUCGAAGUGUUUGCGAAGUCUCCCCACGCGAUGACUGACUCCGAAUGGUGGCACAUCACACACCCCGGGGAAAUGGGCCCUCCUCCGCCAAAGCAGGGCGGUGAAGGCGGUAUCAAAGCUACGGAGGCAAAUCCGGAUCCAUCACAGCCAGACGACGCAGCGCCCAACAUGCGCCUGGGCUCCAUCACAGACUUCGACAGCGCUCUCUCGUUCGAAGGUUCCUUCUUCCAUAAGGGUAUCUCCUACUCGAGCGGCGAGGUCCGCCUCAAGAACCCCGGCAACGGCACGUACGGCGGCCCAGAGCGAUGGGAGCGUAUCAUGGAGGACGAAUUCCAGUUGAUCCUGAAAGGCGUCCUCAAGUAUACCCUACCGCUGAGCCAGCGGGUGAGGACCGCCACCAUUUCGGGCAAGACGACGGUCAAGCCCAACGCGGCGAACGAUCCCCCUACCCGGAGGCCGAAUUCUACAGAUGGAGCUCGUCCGCCCCACGACGGGGACCAGGUCUCUAUUUCUGUUCCUGUACGUGUUCGUUGAGGGGCCAAAUGAUGGAGGAGGUUGAAACCGAAGCAGUGGCAGGGUUUUGGCCCUGCGUCCAGCAACACAUCAUCAUUUUCCUUUGUGAGAAG